AUGGCAGAGUGCAAGAUUGCAGAGUGCAAGAUGGCAGAGUGCAAGAUGGCUGAGUGCAAGAUUACAGAGUGCAAGAUUGCAGAGUGCAAGAUGGCAGAGUGCAAGAUGACAGAGUGCAAGAUGGCAGAGUGCAAGAUUACAGAGUGCAAGAUAGCAGAGUGCAAGAUGACAGAGUGCAAGAUGGCAGAGUGCAAGAUGGCAGAGUGCAAGAUAGCAGAGUGCAAGAUGGCAGAGUGCAAGAUUACAGAGUGCAAGAUAGCAGAGUGCAAGAUGACAGAGUGCAAGAUGGCAGAGUGCAAGAUGGCAGAGUGCAAGAUGGCAGAGUGCAAGAUGGCAGAGUGCAAGAUGGCAGAGUGCAAGAUUACAGAGUGCAAGAUGGCAGAGUGCAAGAGUUACAGAGUGCAAGAUAGCAGAGUGCAAGAUGGCAGAGUGCAAGAUGGCAGAGUGCAAGAUGGCUGA